AUGGGUCAGCAGUCCAAACGGACGCGCGCGUCGGCACCUCGUGAAGCCCCUCCACCAGCGCCUCUGCUCACCCCACCGCCAGCGCAUCUCCUGGUCCCGCCGCCGGCGCAUCUCCUGGUCUCGCCGGCGCCUAAGUCCGCCCCGCCGCCGGGGAUCCCAUCGGCCUUCCCUUCAAAGCAGAGAACAAGCACUUGGAUCCCCCCAAGACCACAAGAGUCUCUGGCGGCUAGUCUGCAGCAACCAAGUGAAUCGGGUCCUACGGCUCAAGGUCCUUGUUGGGCACCGCCUGCCUGCAUCGGUGACUCUACAUCACCUUGGUACAUGGCUGGCAAUAUGGACUACUCUGAUCCACAAGUAUGGGGAGUGGAUUCUCACCCACCUGGUGGUUACCUUAGUUACUUUCAGAACACGGCAGGCCCCACACAACCUAUGCACAAUGGGAGUUCACCACAACCAGUCAAUGCUGGCGAUGACACAAAUGGUGGUGAUUGUGGAAGGACCGAAAAACGCUUGCUAUGGACAAAACAAGAAGAUCUUCGAUUGGUUAGUGCUUGGUUGAAUAAUUCCAAUGACCCAAUCCAAUCAAACUACAAGAAGAAUGAACAAUAUUGGAAAGAUGUUACUGCUGUCUACAAUAGUACCACCCCAAAAAACAGGGAACGACUAGUCAAGCAAGUGAAAGAUCGCUUUGGGAGAAUUAAGAAAAGGGUUGCAUGGUUUUGUGCGAGUUAUAAGGAGGCUAGUGCUUUGUAUGCUAGUGGUGAAUCUGAUGCAGAUUUAAAGAAGAGGGCAAUGCAAACUUAUGAGGAAGAUCACAAAAAAGAUGGUCCGUUUAUGUUUGAGCAUUGCUGGGAGAUUCUUAAAAAGGAACCAAAAUGGGACGCAUAUUUGGAACGCCUAGAAGAUCUGGAGCCGGACAAGAGGAAGUUUAGUGUUGAUGAUGAAGUAGGGAAGCAUUCCACUAUAGAUGAUGAUGAUGAUGAAGAUGAACGUCCACCGGGUGGCAAGCAAGCUAAGGAGAAGCAGAAACGAAAAAGAAAGGAUGAAGUUUGUAUAAUAGAUCUUGAAGAUGGGCUUCAAAAGUUUGUAGAUGCCCAGAAUGCAGCAAAUGAAGGCCGCAAAGAGAUGUUAGAGACCCAAAGGCGUGUUUCUGCUGAGAAUCUUGAAGCACGGAAGCUUGCUCACCUUGCGGCAAAAGAUCACAAAGAGUCGGUCAUGCUAGAAACAUAUCGCUCAUUGGUGAUGCAAGACACAACCGGGAUGCCUGAAGAUGUGAGAUCUGAGCAUGUGUUGGCAUUGAAGUGUUUAAGGGAGAAACUAUUUGGCAAAAUGGUCUAA